UGUGGGUGGGUCUGUGUCUGGGUCUGUGUCUGGGUGUUUGGAGGAGGGGGGGGGGAUCCUGCCCCCAGCCCCACCCUGGGCUGCGCUGUGAAAAUGGCUGAGGCGGAGGGUGAGGAUACGGCAGCGAGGCCGAGAGCCAGGUCCAGGCCGGGCGAGAGCAGCGUUCGGCCGGUGGAUCUGGCGGUGGGCCCGGGUCUUCGGGCCCCAGCCCCGCCGCUGUAUAACUGGCAGGCGGCGCAGCGCUCGGUGCGGGAGCGUUUCUCCUUCAUGUUUAACAACGAGCUGCUGAGCGACGUCCAUUUCGCGGUGGGGAAGGGCCCUGGUGCCCGCCGCCUUCCCGCUCACCGCUUCGUCCUCGCCGUCGGCAGCGCCGUCUUUGACGCCAUGUUUAACGGCGGCAUGGCCACCAGCUCGGCCGAGAUCGAGCUGCCCGACGUCGAGCCCGCCGCCUUCCUGGCGCUGCUCAGGUUUCUCUACUCUGAUGAGGUACAAAUUGGUCCUGAGACUGUGAUGACGACUCUAUACACAGCGAAGAAAUAUGCAGUACCAGCCUUGGAAGCCCAUUGUGUGGAGUUUCUCACCAAACACCUGCGAGCUGACAAUGCUUUCAUGUUACUAACUCAGGCACGCUUGUUUGACGAGCCUCAGCUGGCCAGCCUAUGCUUGGAUACAAUCGACAAAAACACUGUGGAUGCAAUCAGUGCUGAGGGCUUCACUGAUAUCGAUCUCGAUACGUUGUGUGCGGUGUUGGAAAGAGAUACUCUGAGUAUCCAGGAGAUUCGGCUCUUUGCUGGAGUGGUGCGCUGGGCUGAAGCAGAAUGUCAGAGGCAGCAGCUGCCAGUUACUCCUGGGAGCAAGCAGAAAGUGUUGGGAAAAGCCAUAACGCUGAUCCGGUUCCCACUGAUGACUAUCGAGGAAUUUGCAGCUGGACCUGCUCAGUCUGGGAUCCUCUCCGAUCAUGAGAUCGUUAAUCUAUUCUUACAUUUCACCUUGAAUCCCAAGCCACGCGUGGAGUAUGUUGACCGGCCACGCUGCUGUCUGCGGGGGAAGGAGUGCAGCAUCAGCCGCUUCCCACAGGUGGAGAGUCGCUGGGGAUACAAUGGAACCAGUGACAGGAUCAGAUUUUCAGUGACCAGAAGGGUGUUUGUUGUGGGCUUCGGGCUGUAUGGUUCUAUACAUGGCCCAACAGAUUACCAGGUUAAUAUCCAGAUCAUUGAAAAUGACAAGAACACAACACUUGGACAAAAUGAGACAGGAUUUUGCUGUGAUGGAUCAGCAAGUACAUUUAGGGUCAUGUUCAAGGAGCCUAUUGAGAUACUGCCAAAUGUUAGCUACACAGCCUGUGCAACUCUCAAGGGGCCUGAUUCUCAUUAUGGCACCAAGGGAUUGCGAAAGGUAAUUCAUGAGUCCCCAACGACUGGGAUCAGCACUUGCUUUGUUUUCUUCAAUGUACCGGGAAAUAAUAAUGGAACAUCUGUGGAAGAUGGGCAGAUUCCAGAAAUCAUUUUCUACACGUAGCCUGGUUCCUGGCUUGGACUGCAGCAGAGUUCAUCUCAAACUGCCAACAAAACAGCUGUUUAAGGCCGUGCUUGGCGCUUUCUCUUUCACUGCUAUUUUUCCUCCCUUAGGACAUGACGCCUGCUGCAGGCAAAGAGCAGUGGGUUAAAGCCAUCAAUAAUUGGAUGUGAGUUAAGAAUUUCAUGCAGAGAGAAGAGAACACCUCUGUUUGGUUUAGCAGAGAAGGGUUGCAAUGGGCUGUGAAACACCAGCUCCAAACUACACAAUAUAACUACUACAACUAUUACAGUUAACUAGUAAAGUCACCACCAAGACAUAGUUAGGAGAACGCUUGAAUGGAUGCCACUUUGUGUUUUUGUGUUGGGUUACACGACAUCUGUUUCAUUGUGGAAUUCACACUGUUGGGUUCAUCAAUAUAUUUAAUUGUAAUUAAAACCUUUUUUUGAAUUUUAAUUAUGUUCACAGUAGUGGCCAUUGGGAGCUGAUCACUUAACAAUUUUGAAACGACUUUUUGGGGUGCUGUAGAAUGGCUAAGGUGUUUUGUGCUCACAUACUGUGGACCGCAUUGUACUCUGUGCUGAACCCCAGACCAAACUGGAAGUCACUGCUUGAAGAAUCUCAAUGUAUCUUCCACCACGUCAGUCCACUGCUAUAGAUCUUCCUGGGAUGAGCACUUUAAACACAAAGCAUACAAGACCACAGCUGAGUGCUGGAAAGUCAGAUUAGAAUCGAAGCUUGAUGACUGGCACAGACAGGAUGGGACAAAGUGCCUUUUUCCCCUGCUGUAAAGACUCAAAUAACCCGUGCAAGUACACUCUGUAACAGAAGUACCUCACCCAUCCUUUAUUACCUCCCAUCUGGGACGGGUUGUGUGUUGGAAGUUAUUGACACUAAGCCCUGAUGCUCAUUGUUACUACACUGGCAGUGUAGUAAGAAUGAGGAGCCCAUUCAGUUACAGCAGCUGGACUGAAAGUUAAACUUAACAGUUAACGCCUGGGAAAUUGAAGGGUCAUUCGAGUUAUCCUCCUGUUUUAAUUGUGUCAACUCUCAAAUGCAGUUUAUGCAUAUGAGACUGAUCUGUUCCAUCCAUUUCUUCCUCUUUAAUACAAUUUUCUAGCAAAAUGUUUUUUUUCUGACAAUUUAUUGAAACAAUAUUUUUAGAAAUACUGACAACUCUUAGGGUUUUAAACAUUUUGAAUGUUUAAAAUGUUAGGAAUUGAUGCAGUGGUUAGGGAAACUUGAUGUCUGUUGAGGGAGUGCAGAACAAGGGUGUAUAAUCUUUAAAAUUAGGUCUAGGCCUUUGCGUGAUGCAUGAAGCAACAUCCUUCACCCAGGGAUACAGUAAUUUGGAUUUCUCUCAUGCAAAAAAAGUCAUUGAGGCUAUGGAUCAUUGUGAACUUCAAAACUGAGAUCGUUUGAUUUCAUUUGGUUAGGGAUUGAGAGAUACUGAACAAAGGCAAGGGUAGUGAUUGUAACAAGGUCAGCCAAGAGGACCCCCUAGAAUGAGUUGCCUGAUUGGACCAGAUUAACAGGCCCAAUCAGGGAGCCCUGGCUGUCAGAAGAACAUGAAUGCCAGACAUCCUGUUCUCUCAGGGGGAGCUGGAUCAGUUUCAAGGAAUUUAUAUGUGUAAAUAAAGGGUGACUUGGUGACAGGA